ACCGUGAAAUCAAUGCAGAUUAGCGGCAUAGCCAUAUAAAGGAAACAUUCUUUCAGGACCGACCACUCGUGCGAGCCUAACUGUGAGGUAUGGAUAACUGUACUUCUUAGGAAAUAGGUGCACAAUUAAUUGAUUACAAGGGAUUCUCGGAACUUGGAUAUAAGAAACAAGUCUCUUGAUACAUAUCUGUUACCAUGACGACCAGGUCUGUGGUGAUUGCGAGUGUGUUGGCCAUAGUGUUGACGCUGAGGGCUGAUGCAGCGACCAUAAACCCAUGUGACCCCAGCCCAUGUGCUGCUACAGAAACAUGUGAACUGAGCACCAACGCAACGGCCUACGCCUACGUUUGUUUACAGAGCGGGUACCGCCAGGGUGACUGCAGCUUUAACGCCUACGUUAGCUGUGACCAGUACGCCCAGUGCAAGGACGCAACAGACGGCCGCUCUUUCACAUGUACGUGCCCCGCUGGUGCUACAGGGGACGGGUUCAAAACCACCGUAGGCGGAACUGGGUGUAAGCUUGCUUACAAGCCGUGCGCAACCAACACUGACUGUCCUCAGUAUGGAACCUGCAGCAAAGAUUACAAGUGUGUCUGCAAUGCUGGUUACCAAGGUGAUGGCUACACCUGUACCGACAUCAACGAGUGUAUGACCUCUAACCCCUGCGACCCCAAUGCCAUCUGUAGCAACUUCCCCGGAAGCUUUAAGUGUGUCUGCGACUCCAAGAGGAAUUACGUUGGCGAUGGCUUCAAGUGUGUCUUUUUCUGUGGUAGCAACAACGAUUGUGACGCUCCCCGCGCCCUCUGUAAUGACGUCAACACGUGUGUGUGCAUCAAAGGUUACCAAGGCGACGGCUUGAACUGCACAGAUAAGGACGAGUGCGCCCCUAACGGCGGUAACAACUGCAACGUCAACGCCAACUGCAUCAACACCGCCGGCAGCUUCCAAUGUGUCUGCAAAAAUGGUUAUGCCGGAAAUGGAGUCAACUGCACAGCCUUGCCCAGAUCAUGUAAGGACAUUCCAAACUUUGUCAGCGGCAACAAAUACGUCAUCGAUCCUGACUUUACCGGACCAGCCAACGCCUUCACUGUAUUUUGCGAACUGGUGAACAAAGCCAUCCUAACCAAAGUGCCAGCAACCGGACCUUUCCCCAAGGUCGUCCCCGACACCCCAGGUCCAGUGGACAUCACCUACGAGCCAAAACCCAGCGACAUCACCCCCCUGCUGGAGAACUCUGUCUUCUGCUACCAGUCAUUCUCAUUCUCCUGUAACAGAGGAUUCAAACUCCUACCAGAUACCGCCUGGUACGAUGCUUACGGCAAACAACACAGAAACUGGGGAAGCAAUAAAGAUGGGAUGUGCGCAUGUGGUGAGGUCAAGAGCUGCCCAUCCAGCUGCUACUGUGACGGUACCCAGACCUCUGUGACCACCGAGACCGCCAACGUCCUGGACAAGAGCCAGCUGCCCGUGGUGAGGAUCGACUUCAACCAGACGACCACCAACAAGGGCGCGGUGACUGUGUCUCCUCUCGUCUGCUCAGACACGCCCUCAGCUGGUGUACCCAAAAACUGCCACGAUGCGAAGUUCACCUACAAGUACAAGGACUCCGGAGCCUACUACAUUGACGUGGAUAGUGCAGGUAUUCUGGAACCGUUCCUUGUCUACUGCAACCUGGAUUAUUAUCACGUGGGUGUCACAAGAAUCCCACCUCUCAGCCCAGUCGUGACCCCAACCACACCAGAUGGCACCAGCGUGGACUACACCACUGAUCUCCCCAGAAUUCUGGGACUCAUCUCAGGAUCUGUUUUCUGCUCCCAGUCUGUAGAAUUUACAUGCCAAAGCUCCAGACUUAUGGCCGGCGGAGGCUACCUGACCGUAGCUGGCGACAAACGCAAGCUUAACUACUUCGCUGGUGCCAACGGUGUCCAGGGAUCCUGCGGCUGUGGAACCACCAACUCCUGUGACGCUCCAAACGUCAAGUGCAACUGUGACAUCGGCGACGGGGUCACCAGAAGCGACUUCGGUCUCGUGGUCAACAAGACGGACCUGCCAGUGGUCAAGCUAACCGCUGAAAUUGGGGACAGGAAGAGCGGAACUUACACAUUGGGUCCACUGCAGUGUGCUGGCAGGCCUUUUGCCAUUGAGCCCAACUGCGAGAAGUACAGACAGGCUGGCGUUACCCGUACAGGCACUUACCUCAUCGACCCAGACGGCUCCACCGGCCCUCUCGCUCCAUUCAAUGUACUUUGUCUAUUCACGGAGAAGCCACCUCAAGGAAAAACUGUAGUGAACCACAAGGACAUGUCACCGAAAACCAUUAAAGAUUCCGUCUGGACAUUUGAAUACCUACAAGCCAGCAAAGCCCAACUGGAGGGUCUCAAAUCUAGGUCAACUUACUGCUUCCAGGAGGUCACGGUCAGCUGUAAAUCUGUUGACGUACAGGGUGUGUUAUACCAGGGUAGUACAACAGACUUGAAAAAACUGUCGGCUAUUUUAGACUCUUGUGGUACCGGUGGUACAUCUUGCCAAUGCAACGGAGCCGGGAGUAGUGUGGACAGUGGGACGUUAGCGGACCUGACGAACAUGCCAAUCAACAAACUGGACUUCUCUAAAGUUACCCAGUUAGCCAGUGGUGGGGAGUUGGUCAUGGAGGUCGGCGAGUUUGUGUGUGCAGAGGUGUUCCCAACAUGCAGUGCGCUGCAAGCCUUCCUACAAAGUAACAAGACAAUCCUGGGAGAGUCCUACUCCAUCACGGGGUACGUUACCAUCCAGCCCGACCCCAGCGUAGAGCCCUUCGGUGUCAACUGCACCUACUCAAAGACCACGGUAACCAUAGUACCUGGUACCGGCGGCCUUGGACCUGACAGCAACAACCCCCCUCAACCACUGGACCAGUGUUUCCCCAUCAGCUACACUGACGCCUACGGCAACCCCAUCUCAGCUGCUCAAAUUGCGGCAUUGGCUAAGAAAUCUGGAAAAUGUAAACAAGACAUGACCUUGGAAUGCAAGAACGCACCUGCCACUGACAGGGUCAACUACACGACUUGUGAUGGAACAGUUCGUAAAGGCUGGGCAGGCAGUUUUGGUCAAGAAAAAUGUUCUUGUGGUCUAUAUGGCAACUGCGCCGGCGGGCAGCUGGCCAAAUGUAACUGUGACAUGAACGAUAAUGUAAUUCGAUGGGACACUGGCACUAACAUCAAUGUUGGAGAGGUUCCAGUUUGUCAGAUCUGCUUGACUGUUUACCCCAAACCACCAAAAGGCACCACCCCUGCACCACCAUCUUCUCUCAAAUUUUCUGUUGGAGAAUUCAGUUGUGAUGGAUAUCAAGGGACACGUAAGAACUGUCAAGAUGCUAGAAAUGCUUACGGUGCCACCAUCAGAAGCGAUUAUGAAGCUUCGAUUGCACUGGACUCAGAUCCACCCAUUCCAUAUGGCUGUAAAUUUUUGCCUAGUCCAGCUAUUGGCAUCAUGACUGUUAAACCAGAGACCAGUGUGAUCCAACCUUCACCAAACACUACUGACAUCAGGAUUGUCUAUGUGACCAUCAGUCUGCAAAUCACAAGGCAAGCCAUGCAAACAAAUGGCUUCUGCGUUCAAAAUUUCUUCAUCUUCUGCGCCAAACCAACCGACCUUCAACUGGGUGGCAAGUAUGGCUGGUACAGCUAUGACAAUGUGAUCAACUAUGAGUGGAAUGAAUUCCCCAGCAAUCAUGAUGAGAUCAACAAAGUAAUUGCAACUUACAAGGAUUUGUACACCAAAUGUGGCGCCCCGAGAGGUUUCAGAAUCACAAAGAUGGACGCACUUCCUGUGUCACGUCUGGUCCUCGCUGGUGUUAAUAUUGGAAUUGUUCUAGGCAGUGUUGAAUGCUAUGAUCUUAAGAAAGAUUGCCAGGAAAUCAUGGACACACCCUCCAGAAACAUUGGUCUAGUCAGUGGAAAGAAGUUUGCUAUUGAUGCAGAUGGCACAGGUUUUGUGGCACCUUUCCAGGUCAACUGUGAGUUCAACGACACAGAGAACGUUGGCACAACUGAGGUACCCCUAUUAAGCAACUACAGUGGCCCUAUCUCUGUGACAAACAAAGAAGAACCAGGCAAAUUUGAGAUCCCAAUUGUGUAUGAUGGUGUUACACCUGAGCAGGCCAACACACUCACACAGAAUGAACCUUUCUGCUGGCAGGGAAUGAGCUACAGUUGCUCAGUAUCUCCAAUUAAAAAAACCAAUCCCCCCAGCACAUUCUAUACACUCUACAACGGUAAAGUUUCUGAUGGCUUUGGCACAGCAAGCAACACCUCUCUGCCAGGGUGUGCCUGCACCAUGACAGGCACCUGUGAACCAGGAUACUCAUGUCACUGUGAUGCAGUUGGCAAGAUGACAAUGGACCAGGGUGUGGUUACUGAUAGGCAAUAUCUGCCCAUUACUUCAUUCAAAGUGGGAGGUCAGGUCAGAAAUGUUUCUACCGCCUCAGUCCAGGUUGGCCCUAUCAGAUGUGCCAAGGUGCCCUUAGAUCCACCCAGAGACUGCCAUGAUGCUCUGUUAAUGAAGACCAAAUUUGGCAUCAACUACAACACCAACUCUGAGUACUACAUCAGCCCUGAUCCAAGGACAGUUCCUGGUCUUCUGGUGUAUUGUGACUUUACUAUUCUUCCAGGAAAAGGUGUCACCAUUAUCAACACAAAGAACACAACAGAUAAACCAAUCAACAACAACCCUGACCACCCCAAUGAAGUGCCAUACUACGGCCCUACAGAUGAACAACUCAAGGCUAUUGUAACAAGAUCAGGCUACUGUUACCAGGCUGUCAAGUUCAACUGUAUUGGUAGCACUUUCCUUGGAGGUGGAUCUUACUGGCUGACUGUAGGCUCUAAAGAAAAACGUCGCUUCUGGGGCGGGGGUUUACCAAGCGAAGACUUGAAGGAUGGAGUCUGUGCUUGCGGUAGGGAGGAAAGCUGUGGAGGACUGGACUCAUCAUAUGGUCAAAAGAGCAGGCGCUGUAACUGUGACGUGGCAGAUGACAAACGCCGUUCAGAUGCUGGAAUCAUCAGCCAGAAGUCCUUGCUGCCAAUCAGCCAGCUGUGGAUUGCUCGUUACGCCAAAUUUAACUCUGUCAACAUUACAGUUGGUCCUUUGUAUUGUUCACCAGAGCCAAUGAAGUUUAACGAAUGCAAGCUGGGUUUCAAUGACUGCCAUGAAAAGGCUGAAUGUAUUGACCUGGAUGAGGGCUACACCUGCAAGUGCUUGCCAGGUUGGAGAGGAAAAGGAGUUGUACUGGCCAGCAGAGAUGCAAGAGCCAAUGGCAGAGAAUGUAUUGAUGAUAAUGAAUGUAUUGCACUCAGCCCUUGCCCAUACAGCGCCAACUGCACUAACACACCAGGUGACUUCUACUGCACCUGUAAAGAAGGCUACAGACAAACUGGCAAAACAGAAUGUGAAGACAUUGAUGAGUGCCUUAAUGACAAUCUCAAUAACUGUGAUGAAAACGCCCGCUGUGAGAACCUUGAUGGAAGUUUCAGGUGUAUUUGUAAUAAGGGCUUUAGAGGAGAUGGUGUCACUUGCAUACCUGUUGGACAGUGUGCCUGCUUUGGUGACACUCACUGCAACACUUAUGAUGGCAAAUGGCUAGACUUCCAGAGCCAGUGUACCACCACCAUGUCCAGAGAUGGCUGCAAUGAUGGGGAAACCCCCACCUUUAAUGUUCAAAUAGUUCAGUGGAAAAAGGACAACAUCAAUCCUGGAUACUUCUCAUGGAUUAAAAGUGUUAAAAUCCUGAUCUUUGGCCAUGAAAUAGUCUUGGACCAAGAUAAGCGUGCAUUUGUGGAUGGAAUUUUGACCAAACAAUACUCUGACCAACAUCUGUUCAGUGUCACCAUUGUGAACUCCAGAGUGAAAUUCCAAAGUAUCCAAGGAAUUGAGGUCUACUGGGACUGGAAGGACACAGUUGAAAUAACUGUAGCCCAAGGAUCCCUGAACAAAACCUGUGGUCUAUGUGGCAACUACAACAACAACCCUCAGGACGAUUUAGUGCAGGGUCCUGCUUGUCCAGACACCAAAGGAAAAUUGACAACCAACGAGCACAGUUUUGGUAUCUCAUGGACUGUCCCUGAUCCUAAAGCAACCGAAUGUGUUGUGGACUGCAACUUUGUGCCCCCAGUGGAGGAAUGUGCUUUCCCAAUGCCCCUGGUCAAGAAAGAAUGUAACAAAAUUAUGAACACCACAACAUCACCAUUUAAGAAUUGUUGGAAACUAAAGAGCUUGGAUGAUCUGGCUCGUUUGACCAAAAGUUGCGAGUUUGAUCUGUGCCAUGAUGACAACCUGGAUGAGGCGGUCUGCAGGUUUGCUCAGAUCAUGAGUGAGGACUGCGCCAACAACGAGAAGGUUGAGAUCACAGACUGGAAGAAGGACAUCACAGCUUGUGGAAAACCAACAUGCAAGAACAACAUGAUCUACAAAGACUGCGGCACAGAAGAGCAGGAAACCUGUGUGAGUGUCAAUGACACCCUAGUUAAAGACACCAUUGUCUGCAUCCAAGGCUGUUUCUGUCCUUCUGGCCUGGUUAUGGAAGAUGACAGAUGUAUCAAACGCGAGGAGUGCGGCUGUUCUCGUAACAAUGGAUACAUGGCUAUGGGUGACAUUCUUUACCUCCCUGACUGUUCAGAAACAAUUACCUGCCUUGGCAAAAACACCACCAAAGUUACCCCAGCAGGCUGUGAGGAGAAUGAGGAGUGUAGUAUUCAAGAUGGUGUCACAGGCUGCUACUGUAAGGAGGGUUACCUCAUGAAGGAAGGCAGUGACAAGUGUGAACCUGAUACAUGCACUGGUGUUGUUUGUGAAAUUGCUAACAUGGAGUGUAAAAAUGGAACCUGUGUUUGCAAGAUGGGAUACAUUGGAGACUGCAAUCAGUGUGAAGACAUUGAUGAAUGUGCCACUGGCCAGGACAACUGCACUAUGAUUGGCCAAACUUGUAUCAACCUUGAUGGAGGCUUUGCUUGUGGCUGUAAAGAGGGCUUUGUCCUCAAUGGAAAAGUCUGCAAAGAUAUUGAUGAAUGUGACUAUGACAUUGAUGGAUGUGGAGCCAACUCUGAGUGUGUCAACACCCCAGGAAGUUUCUCGUGUGAAUGCUGUGCUGGCUACAAGAAGAGCACUACAGGUGCUUGUGUCAGAGAUACAACUGAGGCAACUGCACCAAAUGGCCAAUGUUGUGCUUGUAAGGGAGAGAACUGCCCUGUGCCUGGCAAGGUGUGUGGUACUGAUGCUAUAACAUAUGCCAGCUACAGGUCUUUGGCCAUCACUGCAUGUAAGACAGCCAAUGAUAACCUGAAAGUGGACUACCAGGGAGAUUGUCAAAAUUCCUGCUCUAAAGUGAUUUGUGAGAAACAGUUCUCCAACUGCUCUGUUGUUGAUGGGAAACCAAAAUGUGGCUGCCCAACAUGUGAAGAUUCUACAGCAACAUUCAAAGAUGAGACCGUGUGUGCUACUAACAAAGUGACCUACACCAGCAUCUGCCACAUGAAACAAGCCACAUGUGAAGCUGAGAUUGAAACUACAGUUGAUGUUCAAUUCACUGGUAAACCUUGCCCAGGAAACGGAGUUCCUGUGGCUGGGCCAUGGUCAGACUGGGGAGACUGCAGUGAGAAAUGUAAACAAGGAACCAAGAACAGGACCAGGGACGUCUACUUCGCCAACGCCAACAACCAAAUCCAUGACACUGAGUACAUUCCCUGCUACAACACCUGUGACAGUGGCCCAUGUCGCGAUGACACCUGCAAGGAGCCAGGCAAGGUGUGUGUAGCAGAUGACAACAACCAGCCUUCAUGUCAGUGUCCAACAUGCGCAGACGCAGUGGACAGUCCAGUCUGUGGCCGAGUUGUUAACAUAAUCAAGACCUAUGACAAUGAGUGUCAGCUGAUGAAGGAAGUCUGUGACAAGAAGACAGAUGACUUUGAGGUCCUUGAGCCUCGAGCCUGCGAAGAGAAACCAGUUCAGUGUGGUCUGAUACGUAACUACAGGGUAGAGAGGGACACCAAUGGCUGUGUAGCAGAUCGCAGCAUCAACUUCGGUGCCUGCUACGGAGGCUGUGAUGACGACGCUGAGCUCUGCUGCCACGGCACUGUCACAGGCCAGGAGAGCGCCAUCAUGAGAUGCAGCGAUGGAACUAAGACCGUCAAAUUUUUUGAUGUCAUCAAGGGCUGCGACUGCAUCACAAAGGACCAAAUUGGGGCCCCUAAAAUGCAGGUUGAAGGCUAAACAAGAAGCCAAUAAAGUCUACAACUGCUAUCAGAUCUAGUAGACAGAAGAAAAUUUAAGUUCUUUUUAUUCUUAAUUGUAAAAUAAAGUAAAAACAAUAUUUGAAAUCGCUGAUUUGAUGUAAAUUUAAUCCCUGUUUCUUGUUGAUGUGAUAUUUUAACUUUCUCAGAGAAUUGUAAAACAUUUUUUUUUUCUUGAACAAGGUUAUGGAGUUAAUGAUACAAACUAAUAUUUUUAUUUACAUUUUUGCUACAAAGCAUUCUUUCAUGAAACCAUACUGUCGAACUCAACUAAAUAAAAAUUAACAGUCAACUUUCAAACCAAUACACAUAUUCACAGAUUAAAUAUUUUUAUUUUAUUUCUUUAUUUUUCAAUUUUUAUGGGAUGAACUUUUUUCAACUUUUUAGUAUUUAUUUUUAGUUAAACACUUGCUCUGUACUUAACUUACAGAUUUUGAAGGAUGUACAUACAAUAUAGAUUCUAUUACUUUUCAGAUGCUAGUAAAUAAAAGUGCAUUGAUUUUCACCCUCUUCCUGUUAUUUUGAAAAUUUUAUUAUUUUUUUUAUUUAUUUUUUAUUUUAAAUUUAUAAAGUGGUUAAAUUAAUUCAAUUAUAAAGCUAAUUUAAAAACUCAGAUCACAUAUUAGAUCAUCCCUAAGGCUACUCCCACAAUGCUACAAUAAAAAAUAAAGAAAAAAAACUGACUUGAAAUUGAGCCUAGCAUUUUUACAGUCACUGAUAAAAAAGCAAAUGUAAAUAUUUGUAACCAUCUGUUCAAUAAAUUAGGCUAUAAAGAAUAAAUAUUUAUUUCCAUAAAGUAAUUCAGACUUUAAAAUAGCCAGUGCAUUGAGUGAAAUUUAAUUUUCUUUAAAUUUCAUAAUUCAAUAGGUUUCCUGAUUUGUCGCAAUUAGUUGAAACGUUUUAAUGCUUUGGCAUGAAAAUUAUUUCUAAGCUAUGAAAUUCAUAUCUUAACUUAAAUAAAGUAUAAUUAUUUUAUGUACACUGAAUUACACUUUGUUUUUUAAUUGUGCAUUCUUUAUUCAUGUAUGAGUUACUCUUAUAAAUCUAAUUAGGCCAAAAGUAAUUUUGCAUGUAUUUAGUGUAAAGGGCUUAAAAUAACUUAGGGAGAUAAUCUCUGUACAAAAUCUAUUAUACUAUGAUUUGGUUAUAGUAAACAUAAAUUAAGAUAGAAUCAGGAUUAUGUUGAGCCUUGUGAUGCUUCAGUUUUAAAACCUUUCUUUACAAACAGUCAUGUGAUGUUUACAUAAAUCGUUGAAUAAAAUUUUGAACUAGA